GGUACCGUAUGACUCGGUCAUCGAUGUAAUUUUAGAAAUGACGUUUGUAAAUUUAUCCGCGAUGCAAGUCUUUCAAAAGGAUUUAUCAUUUGAAGUUGUUUUAUUUCAAUUUAGAAACGUUGUUUACAAUUAGAUAAGACGUUUUCUUAUCAUAUCGAUAGAAAAUACGACGAGUAAUGAAAGAAAUCCACAUGCCAUUUCCAAACUAUUUUUUCAUUAAAAGCCGGAAGUAGUAUUGAAUGGGAUUUUCCAGUUUGUUUACGUUUUGUGCAAUACCCUUGUUUUAAGUCGUAUUAUCGGUAAAAACGCACGCACUAUGUCAUAGCUCUAUUAAGCAUUGUCAAGUAUCGUUAAAAUUCGUGUGAAUUCAUUCGUUUCUUGUACGUUUUAUCGGCAACAAUGAAUUUUGGAUCCGACAAAGUGUUCUUGUACAACCAGCCUGAGUUUGAAGUGGUUUCUGAAGAGGAGUACGAACAUGGGAUGAGCGUCAGUGAUUCCAGCAGUGGUGAAGAAAACGAGGAAGAAGUCACACGUUCAUCUUCCUUACCAUCAGGAUCCGGGCCUUCAUCCCCUAAAUCUCAGAAGCCUGGCUUCCUUGCAGGACUAUUUGGGGCCAAGAGCACAAAACCUGCAACACCCCCUGAAGCAAAAUCCAAAAGGGCAAAAUUUAGAAGAAAGAAAGUGGGGAAAUGGAGAGACAUCGAGCAAUGUUAUGACGUGGGGCCUCAAAAUCAGCAGCAGCAACAACAUCAACCGCAGCAACAGAGGGCCCCUCAGGAGCAGGGAAAACGCCACCGCCGUGCUGACACAAACAUCAUCUCAAUCGAUUUUAAGAAGAUCAUUGCUCCUAGCAACAUGCAUACUGGUGACCCUGUACAUUGCACUUCCUGUGAUGUCAUUCUGUCCAGUUUGAGCAAAAUCACCACGAGAGAAGACCAAAAGAUGUGGCAUUGUGAAUUUUGUGGCACGGAUAAUGAGCUGGACGUAGAGGAAGAGGAAAUUCCACGUAACAAUGAUGUCACGUACAUGUUGGAGCCGGGCCUGUCCACCGCAUCUAGUGGACUGUCUGGCAAAGACGAGUCACUGGUCAUUUUCUGUGUGGACACCUCAGGAAGCAUGUGUGUCACAUCCACGGUUCCAGGUCGGAUCAACCUUCGGGGGUCAGUAGCACGACUUCAGUCCCUUAACACAGAUAGGUCUGACCAGCACAUGCCAAGAGAGAGACGCGACGUCACAUAUAUUUCUCGUCUCCAAGCAGUGCAGGCUGCAAUGGACCAUCAACUGGAGGAGAUGAUUAAACAACAUCCGAACAGAAGAGUGGCUCUCAUCACCUUCAACAAUGAGGUGACGAUUAUAGGAGAUGGUAGCGAAACACCGAUGACAAUAGCCGGGGACAAACUGACCAGUGCUGAUGAUCUGAGAGAGAAGGGAAAAGAAAUCCAGAUGCCGGGAGCCAUACAUGGAUCUAGAGGAACUCUAGGAGCCAAACUGUUUGGACUAGAGGAGGGAGGAGCUACUGCCCUCGGCCCCGCCUUGCUCAUGGCCACAACGAUGGCAGGGCAACACCCAGGCUCAAAGGUUAUUAUUUGUACUGAUGGUAAAGCUAAUGUAGGCCUUGGUCGACUGGAUGUUGAAGGAGAGGAGAUGGACAGAGAGAGUCAGUUUUAUGAAGGGAUUGGAAAAGAGGCAGCUGAUCAAGGGGUUGCUGUGUCGGUGAUCAGCAUUAAGGGAACAGAUUGUAAGAUGGUUCACCUGGGGAAGAUAGCAGACAUGACAGGGGGCCAGGUGAACAUUGUUGACCCUUUGAAGCUAACUCAGGAGUUUUCAACCAUUCUUGCGGACCAGAUUAUUGCAACAAAUGUGGUAGCUACCUGCCACCUCCAUAAAAGACUGUUUUUCUAUUACGAGGCCACAGAGGACAGCAAAGUAGUGAGGAAUAUCGGAAAUGUCACAGCCAGUACAGAGGUCACUUUUGAGUAUGGUGUCCGCUGUCAAACAGACCAAGGUCAGAGAAAGACCCCAACUGUCAAUGAGAAGACAGAAAUGGGCAAUGAAGCCAGUGGAGGUGAGAAAGACACCCAGGCAGCAAGUGGAAGUCGGGAACAGCCCAUGGAGACAGACCAGGAUGAUUUGAAGGAGUUACCUUUCCAGCUGGUUGUUAAAUACACUGACACAGAGGGUGCCACUGCUCUCAGGGUGGUCACACAGAGUCGCCCCAUCACCUAUGACAGAAGAGAGGCGGAGAAAAAUAUGAACUUAAAAGUGUUGGGAGCCCACACGGCCCAGACGACCUCAGCCCUGGCCCUCGGGGGAGAGUACACAGAAUCCAGGGGCCGGGCCCUGAUGAACCAAAGACUUGCCUGGAGGUUUACAAAUGUCUCAUCAGAAGGACAAAGACAAAAGAAAGCCUACAAAAAAAUGUUUGGUAAAAUCAAGUCAAUGGACCACUACAUCAACUCUAGACAACAGGAGGAGAGAAAAAGCUAUGGAAGGACCUACAGUGAAUCCGAAUCUGAUGACAGCGAUGAUGAGUUAGAUGUUGAGAGAGCUCAUUCCUCCAAAACACCUUCUAAAGAAGCUAGAGGCAAGGCAAAAGCCAAACUUUUCACCAAGUCCACGAAAUUGAAGAAGCGAUCUGCAACUUGCUCAGACACAGGGGCCAAUCUGAUGUUUCAAAUGAAACAGGGCAGCAGGUAUUUAGAUAAUGACAGUGAUGAGAAUAAGUGAAUUCUGGAAACAUAAUGUUAACUCUGUAGAGAGAUAGAUUUUUCCCAUAUAUUUUAAUGUUAACAAGAUUGUCCAUCUUUAUUGCUGUUGUGUAUAAAUAUAUGUCUUAGGUCUGUGAUAUACUUUAAUACUUUAUUGUUUUUCUGACACGACACUGAUGGCUUUGAUGUUUUUUUGAAUUGACGCCAUAUGUAGCAUUCACUUGUUUUUGAUAGUCCCUAAUGUUGACUGAUGUAUCAAUGUUUGUAUUUAGAUAUUUAUUUUGAUACGUAAUGUAUAUAUAUGUACAUUAGAAUAUAUUUAGAAGGUGACUGGCUUUGAAGGGGCAAAGAUUCGACUUAAAAGUGAUGCAUGCCAGGCCUAGAUGUACCGCUGUAAUAUAAAGUCAUGAUAAAUUAUAAAUAGAAGUGUACUAGCAUUCUAAUAUUUGCCUCUUUUGUUUUAAGGAAUGCAUAUAUAGAUAUUAAGGGGAUUUGAUAUUUUGUUUAGUUGCUGCUGAUGAUAUGAUAAUUUGAUUUGAAUGUUAAUUUUUUUUUUCCUCUCCCAUUUUUGUUAAAAAAAUAAUAAAAUCAUAGGAAAUGAA